CUCGUCCCGUUCAGAUCGCUUGCAGACGCACAACCCCUGGGGAAAGUAGUGAUGGACCUGAAGGACUUUUGCCUGAGCGAGAACUUCCAGUUCCUGAACCAGCACGACCUUCUGGAUCCGUCCACCUCGGAUGACCCGCCGUCCCCGACCGACGCGGCGCUCAAAGCCGACCCGCUGAGCCCGUCGUUCGGCCUGGUCAGCCCCGGGAGCGCGUCGGACAGCAGCGGCUACAGCGUGUUCUCCCGAAACCCGUCUCUGAACCCGGACUCGCCCGUGAGCUCCAGCUCCAUCUCCAGCACCAGCGCCCCGGCGCUCUUCCACCCGACGGGACACACAGAGUCUCUCCUCAGCGACUUCAUCCCCUCGCUGAACCCCGGGCCCAAGCGCCUGUGUCUGGUGUGCGGAGACUUCGCGUCCGGGUACCACUACGGCGUCGCGUCCUGCGAGGCGUGCAAGGCCUUCUUCAAAAGAACCAUUCAAGGAAACAUCGAGUACAGUUGUCCUGUGGUGAACGACUGCGAGAUCACCAAGAGACGGAGGAAGUCUUGCCAAGCCUGUCGUUUCCAGAAGUGCCUGCGUGCCGGCAUGAUGAGAGAGGGUGUGCGCAUGGACCGCGUCAGAGGAGGCCGGCAGAAGUACAAGCGCAGAGCCGACUCAGCACUCUCUCUCUUCACCAAAACACCUUACACACAUCCAAGCAAACCAAUCCGAAACAAGGUGAUCUCUCAGCUGCUGGUGUGUGAACCGGCUCCUCUGCGAGCCACUCCUGACCCCACGACCCCUGACAGUGACCUUAAAACACUGAUGACCUUAUGUGACCUUUUAAACAGGGAGCUCCUGGUUAUGAUUGGCUGGGCAAAACACAUCCCAGGAUUCUCUGGGCUGUCUCUGGUGGAUCAGAUGGCUUUGCUCCAGAGCGGCUGGAUGGAGACGCUGGUCCUGAACGUGGUGUGGAGAUCUCAGGCCUCGCCCGACGAGCUUCAGUUUGCGGAGAACCUGCGCCUGAGCGAGAGCCAGAGCCGAGCCGUGGGACUGCCGGACCUCUACACGGCUCUCCGACACCUGGCCGUCAGAUACCAGCAGAUGAGCCUGAGCCAGGAGGAGAUGCUCACGCUCAAAGCCAUGGCUCUGGCCAACUCAGACGCAGAGAAUGUGGAGUGCGCAGACGCAGUUCAGUGCUUCCAGGACGGGCUCCACGAGGCCCUUCAGGAGUACGAGAGCGCGCAGAGACCGGCAGAGCCGCACCGGGCCGGGAGACUCCUCAUGACGCUGCCGCUGCUCCGACAGACCGCACACCGGGCCGCGCGCUGCUUCAGCCGGAUACACGCGCAGGGACGCGUGCCCAUGCACAAACUCUUCCUGGAGAUGCUGGACGCCAACAUCUAGACUCGCACACUGCGGACUGAGCCAGUAGGCGCGCCGCCGAUAGAGUAAUACUACAUUUAAAAAAAGAACUCUAACGGGUGGGACUUGAGCGCUGAACAUGCUGAUUGGUCUGUCGAGUUAAUGCCGCAUUUUGAUUGGUUGACUCCACGCAGCGUUGUUAUCUGUCGCGGUGCGUGCAAUAACAGUUGUUUGCUGCUAUUCGAAUCAACAGUGGAGUUUAAAUAAUACGACCUUUGAACCGACGACGACCUUCAGGCUUUAUUAAACUUAAAUUAAGAGGAUGAAAUCACUGUAAAGGCGCGUCACUAGUAAGACUAAUGGCCUAAUCUUCACGGUACUUCACGGCAACAGGUCUGAGGUAACAAAAAGUUCCUGAGACAAAUUGUUUUGGUAAUUUCGGUGGAAACAUGCCUAAUAUCGAUCUCUGAGGGCCUAAAAUUGCAUGGGCCCUUAAUCCUAACUCCCCUCUCCUCAUGAAAAGGCUCUGGGUCACACACAGGUCAGAGGUCACGUUUAACACACAAAAGCAGCUCUUCGGAGUUUGGCAGCUAAACUGCACUUGAAGACGAGAGGUUAAUAUCUCUCUCUGUCUUGCUGAAGCACAAUCUUUUACUAUUUAUUUGAUAUGAAAUUCAUGGAGAUUAUUGUUUUAUAAGGUGUUGGCGAUUUAGAUGACGCAGUUUUUUUUUUGUUAGCUUUUUACAAUAUAUCAAUAAUUUUCUUUUUUAUAUAUAUAAUUCUGUAGGUUUUUUUCAGUCUAGACUUGGGAAUUUGGUUAAUAUCGAAGACGCAUAACAGUUUCUGCAUAACAGUUCCAGCGAUCAGCAUCAUAAACUAUCACAGUAACACAUAGUCUGCAGUCAAGCUAUGGAGCCUUUGUAUUUAUUGUCUAAUUUAUUACGUGGAACAUCUGCUGUUAUUUAUAUGGAAAUAAAUUAUUUUUUGGGAA